GUGUCCCUGCUGUGAAACCUUGUGUACUGCACUUCCUCCUUAAUGCAACAGUCGGGUUGAAUGCCUAAGAAGUUUACACUCUCCACACACACACACACACACACACACACUGUGUAUUUAUUUCCCCCUGGAAGGAGAUGUAAAUGCAGCUGAUAUGUCCUGAUAAAUAAACACAACGCACAGGAAUUGGCUACUCGUUACCUCACUCAGUGCUCUGAUUGGUCCGUUUUACUGCACAGUCAAACGACUAGUGAUAUUAUUGUUUAAUGGAAAACUUUCAAACUUCAGAAGAUGGUCAGAGUCCUGCAGGUUCUAAGAAGGAUAAACAGAUUGUUAAAGAAUUGAGCACACCUGCCCCGUUUAACUGUGUAACACUACGCUGUAGUUCCACUCCAUCCUUGUCCCCUUAUCCUGCCUCUGUGGGUCCUACACUGCCCCCUGCAGGUGAGAACAAUGCAAAGCUCCCUGCAGUGUCUUUGUGGCACAUGUCCCGUGAAGUGCCACCUCGUUUUCGAAACCAUCAGGAGCAUAAAAUUCUACUGAAACGAGGCCAGUCUCUAGAUGGUAUUUCACCAUUCCUGCACACAGGGGAUCAGUCGCAUGUAACCACCACACUACACUCAGACCCUAAUGUAGAUCUCACCUCUUCACCUCCCUUAUUGUCUUUAUCUUCUUUAACUUAUGCAAAUUCCACAUGCGGCCCGGGACCCGGUGCACCGCUGCUCUCUCAGGGAAUGGCUAAGAUUGUAAUGGACAAAAGCAGGAGCAGGAGGCAGAGUGAGUCCUUAAACAAAACUUCAUGGGAAUACAAUCACAGCAAGCAAGAGGACAAUUCAGAACAGGUGGAGCCUGGUGUCACUGCAGAUGAAGAGAACUCAGAAUCAGUCCCCUCUUCCCACUGUGAAACUGCCUUGAAUCGGGCAGAUGCAGAAAGCAUGCAGCAGAUCCAAAGCCAGGAUGACAGCCAGUCUGUGGAGAACAGGGUGGAAGAAGAAGUGGGACCAAAACAAGUGGAAGCUGCUACUGACUGCAAAAAGUUAAAUCAGGCAGUGCAGCUUCCAACUUUCACUUCAAAUCUCGAAGUCUUAAUUCCUGACACAUGUCAUAGAAAGGCAAGUGGGGAAGUGCUGAAGCCUGGAGAAAUGUGGGGAACUUCUGUGGAAAGUCAAGUGGGGUGGAAAGUCAGCCAUGAAGUAUCUCAAACAGUCCAGGCUGAAAAAGGAAGUGGUCUAAAAAAGCAGAUAGCUUCAGAGAGUCGAGGGGACGUGCCAAAAGAGGGCAGUAGUGGACAUGUAAAAGAAAACCCUCCUGAUUGUUUACAAGACACUCAGAUGAUCGCAACCAAAACAAUAAGAAGAGAUCGUGAGAAAGGGGCGAAUGAGAGUGAAAGGGACAGAUCAGAGCAUCAGUCUUCUGGUCAUGGAAGCAGUGAAGAUGGUACUUGUUCUAACAGCACUUCCAGAACUCAAUCGUCAUGCACUGAAGUGACCUUACAGAGAAUGCUUAAUCGAAGUGAUCUGGAUCCCAGAGUACUUUCUAACACUGGCUGGGGGCAGAUUCAGAUUAAGCAGAGCAUAGCAUGGAAUUUGGAGGUGGGCAGUAGAUCUGAAACAGGUCAGGACUGGACUGGGCGCGCUCAGGUGGAUGUAAACAGCCUCAGCUGCCCUUCUUGGUCCAGGGAUUUGCAGGGCCAUGUGAAGGGGUCCAGAAGCCAUGGGACAGGGAAUACAUGGGGGCAAAGUGAGGAGAGAAUAGAGAGUAAACAGGGGGCUUUAUUGACAGGGAGAGACAACAGCUGGGUUGAGGCUAUCAAAGAUGAGCAGGAAGAUAGUUGGCAUGGGAAUAGAAAAGAAGCUCUGCAACAGAGAGAACAGGACAGGGGCAGUUGGGGCCUGGGUAACACUCAGUGGGGAGAAAACAAGGGUAGAGCUGAACAAGGUGAGAGAUCAUGGGCUGACUCUGAGGAUGAGGGACAGAACAAACAGCAGCAGGUGUGGGGGGACAAUCGCCACCCGCAACAUACACCAAACAAUCACAUGGCACUGCAAAGCUCAAAUCAGCAGCACCUGCAGCACUCACACUCCCAGCUAACACCACCAAACAGCUCGCAGGAGUCCAAGGAUCCACCCACGGGCCCAUUGGCCCUGAACCAAAACUCGGGAUGGAAGCCUGGUCCCAUCCCACACAUAUCUUCAGCCAUUGAGCCAAGCGGUUGGGAAGAGCCCUCACCCCAGUCCAUAAGCAGGAAGAUGGAGAUUGAUGAUGGUACAUCAGCCUGGGGUGACCCUACUCACUAUGACCACAGGAGCGUUAACAUGUGGGACAAGAGCAACCUGCAGCAGAGGAGUGAGCCAUCUCAACAACAUCAUGAGUCCAUGUCUGCCACCACUGUGACCAGCAGAGACAAAAAUGCAGCAUGGGAACGCAGUGCUGGUGCUUCUGAACAGUUCAUGAACACCAGCGCAGCAGGCUGGGGGAAGGCCUUUGAUGCUCCCUCAAGCUGGAGAGAUCCAGAAGAAUCUGGGAAAGGGACAGUAUGGAGCAGUUCCCCUUCCAAUUCAUCUAAAACUGGUCCAAAGACUAUGCAAGAUGGCUGGAGUGAUGGAGGAUUAAAAACUUCACACCAUUCCAGCUGGGAGGAGGAAGAUAGUGGUUCUGGAAUGUGGGGCAACAGGUCUCAAGACAACACUUCCUCCUUUUCCUCUGGAGGUUGGAACCACGGUGGCAGAAGAACUGGAGGAAAGGCUCCUCUAAAAGGAAACGGGGCGAGUUCCUGGACAGGUUUGGUAACUCGGCAGAUGUCAAACAUGGCAAUCACGGAUGAAGAGGCUCUCUCAGCACCAGAGAGGAACAGGAGAGGGAUGAACGACUAUAAUGGGGAGAUGAGGAGAGGAGGAAGAGGUGGAGGAAGCUUUCGCUCUCACAGCUUGAAGGAGCCAGGAACAACUGGUGUGUUUAACACCAGUGCACAUUUAAGAGGAGUGCAGCAGCCGGGUGUGCAUCACAUAAAUCCUUCCCCUGGAGUACGAGCACAAGUGCCUCAGCAGUUCCUCCCACCUCAGGUUUCAGGGUCUGUUGUGAAUCCGAUGUUCCCCACACACUCGUCCCCUCAGCACUUGGCCCUGCUCGGAGGUCUACACCCCCACAUGCAGCAGGUCCAGCUGGCGUAUCAGCUUCUGCUCCAGCAGCAGCAGCAGCAACAGCAACAGCAGCAUCAUUUCCUUUCUCACAGGAAGUUUCCCCAUCAUCUUCCUCCUCCCCCUCCUCCUCCUCUUCCUCCUCUUCCUCUGCUUCAGCAUCAGGACCCUCAGCAGAUUGCUCGUAUCAUGGCAGUUCUUCAGCAGCUCCCUAAAAGCCCCACCUCUUUCCCAGGUUUUGUAUCAGGAGCGGAGCCUGAGUCAGUGAUUAGUGGAGUAAAAGAAGUAGGGGGAGCUCAACCUCAGUUUAAAUGGAUGAUGGAGGCAGGACAUCCACUUUGCCCUUCCCCUCCUGAUUCUAUAAUGCUCAAGAAUGGUCUCCUCCCAGGCCAAGUGAAGCUCAGAGGUGACUCCUCAUACCCCCACUAUGAUAUGGUGGGAGUGGAGAAUGUGGGCGUGGCCUCACCAGGUCUGAUUGACAGUUGGUAUAGAAUCCCUGGUGGUAAAAUAGGCUCCACCCUAAACACCCCCACCUGGCCACCAGAGUUUCAGCCUGGUGUUCCUUGGAAAGGUGUUCAGAGCCCGGAGCCUGAACUGAACCCCUACAGUGGAAUGCUGGGAGAGAACACACACACUGAUACUGAACACCACUUACUGCAGGAUAACACAGAGAUCAACACCGUACUGCCUUCACCUGGUGCCUGGCCUUACUGUUCCUCCGACACACACACCUUGGCCAGCAGCUGGCCUCCUGAACCAAUUGGACACAGGACCAAUCGAAACGCUUCACAGAUGCCCCGCCCCCCUCCAGGCCUAACCCAUCAGAAACCGGCUCCGUGGUUAGGGGCGGGUCCUAACCUGCCCAGGGGGUGGAGCUCAGAGAGGCAGAACCAGGAGGGUCCUUUUGUUUCAGAAAGCUCAUGGAGUGGUGGAUCAUCUACAGGAAGUUCAUGGCUACUGCUGAGCAACCUCACACCACAGAUCGACAGUUCCACUCUAAAGACUAUUUGCCUGCAGCAUGGUCCACUGAUGACCUUUAACCUUGGCGUGGCUCAGGGUAGUGCUCUGAUUCGUUACUGCAGCGUGGACGAGGCGGCCAAGGCCCAGAGCGCUCUGCACAUGUGCGUCCUGGGGAACACCACCAUCUUGGCUGAGUUUGUGAGUGAGGAGGAUGUGGCUCGAUACUUCACACAUUCCCAGAGCGGAGAGACAGUCGGAGAGGCAGACAGACAGACAGACAGUGAGAUGGGUGGAGGAGGGGAGAUGAAGCUCGUCUGGGAGAACCUGGACCGAGACCAAGACGGACUCUCUCUCUUUAACCGGUGGAGUCACAGCCGAGAGGGCGGAGUCUGGGGAGGUGGAGCUCCUGGUUACCAGAGCAACAACCUCUGGGGUUCUCCUCAAGUGGAGGACAGGGGGCCGGGCUUGUUGCCAGGCAACCUGUUAGGGGGUGGGGCUAACACUUAGUGAUGAGAGAGUGCUGUGUGGUGAUGUAAACACACACACUCUCUCUCUCUCCCCACCCCUCUCC